CAGCGGAGGGGCAAGCAUCCGGCCAUGGCCGGGAGCCGCCGCCUGGAGCUGGCCGAGGCCCUGGCGCUGGGGCCCCGCUGGCGACACGCGUGCCACGCACUGCUCUACGCGCCCGACAAGGGGCUGCUCUUCGGCCGCAUCCCGCUGCGCUAUGCUGUACUGAUGCAGAUGCGCUUCGAUGGGCGCCUGGGCUUCCCCGGCGGCUUCGUGGACGCGCAGGACGACAGCCUGGAGGAUGGGCUGAACCGCGAGCUGCGCGAGGAGCUGGGCGAGGCCGCGGCCGCCUUCCGCGUGGAGCGCACCGACUACCGCAGCUCUCACGCCGCGUCCGGGCAGCGCGUCGUGGCCCAUUUCUACGCCAAGCGCCUGACGCCCGAGCAGCUGGCAGCGGUGGAGGCCGGUGCACCGCGCGCUAAGGACCACGGGCUGGAGGUGCUGGGCCUGGUGCGGGUGCCCCUGUAUACCCUGAGGGAUGGCGUGGGAGGCCUGCCCGCCUUCCUAGAAAAUUCCUUUAUUGGCGCUGCGCGGGAGCAACUGCUGGAAGCUCUCCAGGACUUGGGAUUGCUGGAGUCUGGAUCCCUCCAGGGCCUUAAGAUCUCAGCUCGUCACUAGAGGCAGCUUUUCAUGGGCUUGUGGAGCCCAAUCUAAGGACCUUGGCACAAGGGAGGGAAGGAAAGAGGAAUGUUUUCUCCUCUGGGCCUGGGAGAUAAUAGAUAACAGAUUAAAAGAAGGAGAA